AUAUAGCCGGACUAGAUCCCUUAACGUUCCUGGUGUUUCGGACAAGCAAGCUUAGGGUGUUUCUUUGCCGCAGGGGAGCCCGUACAAGGCCAUACACACACACAUUGACAACAGAGGUGCAUACUGCAGGAUCUGAGCUGCAAUCACAGGUGUCCGAUAUAUGUCCAGUUGCAUGCAAUCGAAAGUGCGUGUGCUUUUAUCUACAGAGUCGUCUGAUUGCGAGAAUACAAAAGAACAAACCAGGCGGACGCUCACAUGCUAGCGAGCCUGCUCAACCCGGUGGAUGGAGACGGCGGAAACGAGAGCUCCGAAGACCACACGAGAGAGACAGAACAUGGACGCAAGGAUAACGGCGACGGCAGCAGCAGCAGCAACAGCGCCAACACAGAACACAGCAACAGCAUCGAAGAAGCGGCAGAAAGCAAGACAAAGACCCAUCCAGUGCACACGCCCAAGUCAACGCCAAGGGGCAGCAGGAAGAGAAGACACGGGAAGCGAUCCAGGUCAGGGUGUCUGACAUGUAGGCGAAGGAAGAAGAAGUGCGCCGAGGAGCGUCCCGUGUGCCGCCACUGCCACAGGUUGGGUCUGGCGUGCGUUUGGGAAAACGCCCCGGCAUCUGUUCUGCCCCCCUUGUCGACACUCUCGCUGCACAGCCUCCCGCCAUCGACGUCCUCUUCCUUCUCCUCCACAGCGUCUCUCUCCCCCGUGUCUGUUCCGUCAACAGACUUGUCGUCUCACGGUCCCGCGAGCCUGCACAUGUCUUCUUUCAGCUACAUUCCACCCCCGCCCCCGCCCGCGCCCCCUAGAUACACUACCGUCGACCAGUUCAGAGGCUCACCGGAGGAGACAUAUGUGGAAGGUAUCGGGUACGUGAAGAUUUUGAGAGGGAAAGUCGAGAGCCGCAGAAGAGACAGAUAGAAGACAUGUAGAACCAGACACAGCAAGUACAGCGCAGAACACAGCACAGCAGAAGUCACAGCAGAAGUAGCU